AUGAUGGCGAAAUUUAAUAACCUUCUUCUGCUGGCGGGCUUUGCUGCCAAGCUAGCGGUUGCAAAGGAUGUCUAUCUCGACUGGAAUGUCACCUGGGUCAACGCCGCCCCCGAUGGAUUUGAGCGACCUGCUAUUGGUAUUAACAACGUCUAUCCCUGCCCCGAAGUCAAUGUUGAACUUGGCGACCGGGUCAUCGUGGAUGUGUACAACGGACUAGGCAAUCAGUCGACCGGUAUUCACUGGCAUGGCUUCAACCAGUACCACACAGGUGUCAUGGAUGGGACUUCCAGCGUCACUCAGUGUCCGAUUCCCCCCGGUAGUCACAUGCGCUACACCUUUGAUGCAAAUCAAACCGGAACUUACUGGUAUCACUCUCACAACAUGGGCCAAUACCCUGACGGCUUCCGCGGGGCGUUCAUCGUCCAUGACCCCAAGCCUCCCUUUCAAUAUGAUGAGGAGUUUACAAUGACACUGACCGAGUGGUACCAUCGUCAAAUGCCUGACUUGCUGCACGAGUAUCAAUCAGCCGCAAAUCAAGCCGCGGGUGGUCACGAGCCCAUUCCCGAUUCUGCUUUGAUCAAUGACUCGAACGACACUAAGUUCAAGGUUCUCCCCAACAAGACUUAUCUCGUUCAUAUUGUCUGCGUGGGCAACUGGCCCGGUCACACCUGGGUGUUUGACGGUCACGACAUGACUGUUGUCGAGGUCGACGGGGUCUAUAUUGAGCCUUUCACUGUGGGCCAAAAGAUGCUUCGUAUAGCUCCCGGCCAGCGGACCAGUGUCCUGAUCCACACCAAGCCUGACGCGAGCCAGAACUUUGCUAUCUGGGACACCAUUGACAUCAAUAUGAUGUUCAUCUACGAGAACCGAACCAUCCCUGAAAAUUACAACCCCAAUGUUACUGCUUGGUUGGUCUACGAUGAGGCCAAGCCUCUGCCCCCUCCUCCCGUUAUUCACGAGUUUAACUUUGUCGAUGAUCUGGACUUCACCCCGUUGGAUCGUGAGGCUGCCUUGAGCCCCGUGGACAAACAAAUUGUUCUCCACACAUUCUCCUCUGAAAUUGAUGGGAUUCCUCGUUUCGUGGUCAACAACAACACCUACAUCCCACAGGAUGUUCCAUCCCUGUACACCGCUCAAACUGUGGGCAACGAUCUCUCGUCCAAUCCCGCUGUCUACGGCCAAGUCAAUCCCUUCGUGAUCAAGUAUGGAGAAGUCGUUGAAAUUGUCAUCAACAAUUACCACAACAACUUGCACCCUUGGCACUUGCACGGUCAUCAGUUCCAAGUUCUUCAGCGCACUGACGUUAACGGCGGCUACUUCAAUGGUACCAUCGGUGAUCUGGGUCACCCUCCGGUCCGCCGCGACACCAUCAUGGUCCAGAACCACGGCCACGCCGUCAUUCGAUUCAAGGCGGAUAACCCCGGUGUGUGGUUGCUCCAUUGUCACAUCGAAUGGCACGUUGAGGCCGGUCUCAUCGCCACCAUCAUCGAGGCUCCCGAGCAAAUUCCGCAGAUCGAGGCCGCGCCUCAAGACCAUCUGGCUGCCUGUGCUGCUUAUCCUGAUCCGUCAAAGGGCAAUGCCGCUGGCAAGAAAGGGACAGACCUGGCCGGUGCCAACACCCAGGUCAACACAGACAAUCACGGUGCCAUGUACUAUGCUGCGACCACCGCAGUUGUCUCAUCUGUGUCUCCCGUUCAGACUGCUGAGCCAGCAAGCGCGUCCGGCCCCGGUGGCUCAGCUGGAUGGAAUGGGGCUCACGGUCACCGUCCUCCUCCCCAAAACCAGCCUGGUGUUCCCGCUGCCGGAACCCCUGUUGUGCCGACUCACUCGGCUCAGACCCCCACGGCCGUCGCACCCGUUGUUCAGGCUCAGCCCACUACUAUCCAGACCAUGGCUUCCGCUGUCAAGGCGAAGCCUUCUGAUAUUCAAGUGGAUCCAAUCUACCCAGGUCAGCCAGACACGGCAGCUCAGCCAUCUCAACCAUCCAAGCCAUCUCAGCCAUACAAGCCAGCUGCGCCCGUCGCUUCCGCCCAGCCUAUCGCUGUAUAUGAGCAUGAUCAGUCUGGGAAUUGGCCUGAGCCUGCGGUCAACGAAGCAGCCGCGCUGAUCGGCAACGAGGACUGUAAUGAGCCCACUGAGGUUUACAGCGAGGAUAGCCAGGGAUCAUGGCCUAGCUCCUCGGAGAACAAUCGUCAUGUCAAGACCUGCCACCACCAGAUCGAGACUCACGAUAAUGGGCCCAAGACCCUUCCUGAAGGCUACGAGUAUUGGCAGCAAUACGCGAACAGCCAGUAA